CUUGUGUGUUUGUGCGGAUAGAACAACAGCAGCAUGGCGGAUUCUUCAGAGUCGUUUGUUAUCGCCACCAGUCCCCGUUCGGGAUCGAGGCGCGGAGAUGCGCUCACGUCCAGCCCUGGCCGGGACCUCCCUCCCUUUGAGGACGAGUCUGAAAAUGUCCUAGAGGAUGAGGUGCUUCCAGUGGAAGAGGAGGAAGAUGGAGAAGAGCUCAUCGGUGAUGGAAUGGAGAGGGAUUACCGCCCCAUCUCUGAGCUGGAUGUUUAUGAAGCGGAGGGUUUGGACGAUGAAGAUGCUGAGGAACUGACGGCCAGCCAGAGGGAUGCUGCAGAGCAGGCUAUGAGAAUGCGAGAUCGAGAGACGGGGAGAGAUAUGGGCCGCAUGCGCAGAGGGCUCCUCUAUGACAGUGACGACGAGGAGGAUGACCGCCCUGCGCGGAAGAGGCGGCUGGCUGAGCGCGCCGCAGAGGGGGCUGCCGAUGAGGACGAAGAAAUGAUUGAAAGCAUUGAGAAUCUGGAGGACAUGAAGGGCUACAGUGUAAGAGAGUGGGUGUCCAUGGCCGCCACACGCCUGGAGAUCUACCACCGCUUCAAGAACUUCCUGAGAACUCACGUCGAUGAGCAUGGUCACAAUGUCUUCAAAGAGAAGAUCAGUGACAUGUGCAAAGACAACAAAGAGAGCCUGGCGGUUAACUAUGAAGACCUGGCUGCCCGUGAGCAUGUUUUGGCCUACUUCCUCCCCGAAGCCCCUGCUGAAAUGUUGAAGAUCUUUGAUGAAGCCGCCAAGGAGGUGGUUUUGGUCAUGUACCCAAAGUAUGACCGCAUCGCCCAUGAGAUUCACGUCCGCAUUUCCCAUCUCCCUCUGGUAGAAGAACUGAGGUCUCUCAGGCAGUUGCAUCUAAACCAGCUGAUCAGGACCAGCGGAGUGGUGACCAGCUGUACUGGCGUCUUGCCGCAGCUCAGCAUGGUGAAAUACAACUGUAACAAGUGUAACUUUAUCCUGGGGCCGUUCUUCCAGUCUCAGAACCAGGAGGUGAAGCCGGGAUCCUGUCCAGAGUGUCAGUCCCUUGGACCAUUCGAAAUAAACAUGGAGGAGACCGUGUAUCAGAACUACCAGCGUAUAACGAUUCAAGAAAGCCCUGGCAAAGUGGCUGCUGGGCGUCUGCCUCGCUCCAAAGAUGCCAUUCUUCUGGCGGACUUGGUGGACAGCUGCAAACCCGGAGAUGAUAUAGAGCUGACUGGAAUCUAUCACAACAACUACGACGGGUCCCUCAAUACAGCCAGCGGAUUCCCUGUUUUUGCUACCGUUAUCCUCGCCAACCACAUCACGAAGAAAGAUGACAAAGUCGCAGUAGGAGAGCUGACGGAUGAAGAUGUUAAAGCCAUUGUAGCACUUUCCAAAGACGAACGAAUUGGUGAAAGGAUCUUCGCCAGCAUUGCUCCAUCUAUCUAUGGGCAUGAGGACAUCAAGAGAGGCCUGGCUCUGGCAUUGUUUGGAGGAGAAGCAAAGAACCCAGGUGGCAAGCACAAAGUCCGAGGGGACAUCAACGUUUUGUUGUGUGGUGACCCGGGAACAGCCAAAUCCCAGUUUUUGAAGUAUGUGGAGAAAGUAUCCAGCAGAGCCGUCUUCACCACUGGACAAGGAGCUUCUGCUGUGGGUCUGACGGCCUACGUCCAGCGUCACCCCGUCACUAAAGAAUGGAGUCUGGAGGCCGGUGCUCUGGUCCUGGCAGACAGAGGCGUCUGCUUAAUCGAUGAGUUUGACAAGAUGAAUGAUCAGGACAGGACCAGUAUCCAUGAAGCUAUGGAGCAGCAGAGUAUCUCCAUCUCGAAGGCUGGUAUCGUCACUUCUCUCCAGGCACGCUGCACCAUCAUUGCUGCUUCUAACCCAAUCGGCGGUCGUUAUGACCCAUCGCUGACUUUCUCGGAGAACGUUGAUUUGACAGAGCCCAUUGUGUCUCGAUUUGACAUUCUGUGUGUGGUGAGGGACACGGUGGAUCCAGUGCAGGAUGAAAUGUUGGCCCGAUUUGUGGUUGGCAGCCAUAUUAAACAUCACCCAAGCAACAAAGACCUGGCUAAUGGAGAUGGAGAAGAAAUUGUUCUUCCCAAUACGUUUGGGGUGGAGCCAAUUCCGCAAGAAAUGCUAAAGAAAUUAAUUAUGUACGCCAAGGAGAAAAUCCGUCCUAAGCUCAACCAGAUGGACCAGGACAAGGUGGCCAGGAUGUACAGCGACCUCAGGAAGGAGUCUAUGGCCACCGGCAGUAUUCCCAUCACUGUGCGACACAUUGAAUCUAUGAUUCGCAUGGCGGAAGCACACGCACGCAUGCACCUGCGGGAAUAUGUUGUAGAAGACGAUGUCAAUAUGGCCAUCAGGGUCAUGCUGGAAAGCUUCAUCGACACGCAGAAGUUCAGUGUCAUGAGGAGCAUGCGCAAGACCUUUGCUCGAUAUCUGGCAUUCAGAAGGGACAACAAUGAGUUGCUGCUCUUCAUACUGAAACAGCUGGUGGCAGAACAAGUGACGUACCAGAGGAACCGCUAUGGCGCUCAGCAGGACUCCAUUGAAGUGUCUGAGAAAGAUCUCGUGGAUAAGGCCCGGCAGAUCAACAUCCACAACCUUUCGGCGUUUUAUGACAGCGAGUUGUUCAAGAUGAACAGAUUCAUGCACGACGUGAAGAAGAAACUCAUUGUACAGCAGUUCUGA